UUUGUAUUUUCUCCAAUGCUUGACCUCAUUGUGUUUCUCCAGAUGUCCCUUGAUCCCAGCGUUCCCGUGAGGGCGGUGAGCACUGCUGCGGUCUCCUCCAGAAGUUCUUCACACACCUCACACUCCCUCACUUACCUCCAGCAAACUCAGUUGUACACUCCGCAACCUCAACCAAAACCAGUGCAGCACCCUCAAGUCUACACACCGACACCCACCCGACCCCAAACACAACCCUACAGCCCGCCGACACCGCCACAGACACAGGCCAAACUACAAACACACCUCGUUUCUGACUUUCAACCUCACGCCCACAUUGACUCAGCUCCUCCUCAGGUGCCUCCACGGCAAACUCAGGUGUACUCUGAUCCCCAACGGCAGACACAACCCAGAGUACCGCCACAGACGCAGCCGAAACCACAGUCCUUUCUUCCGCCUCAGUCACAUGCCUACAUUCCCUCUCAACCCAAGGUAGCCCCUCAAACCCAGCCAAAACCCCAGUGCUUCAUACCACCUCAAACACAACCCCAAGAAGAGAUCCUGGGAAAAUACGGCCCAUCUGGACCCAUCGUCUCCAUAGACCAAAAGCCAGAUAUCCAGGAAGAUCCAGAGGCCAUGACAUCUAUGUCAAUCAAAGAGAGGUUAGCCAUGUUGAAGAAGAGUGGAGAGGAAGAUUGGAAAAACAGGAUAAACAAGAAACAGGAAGUUGUACAGGAAGUGGUGUCUGUAAGCGAGAAGAGUAGUCAAAUAGUGGAGGAGCAAGGCUUUAAGAAAAAGGACGAGACUGUUAUCACUGAAUUCACAUCAUCUGAGCAGCUCUGGGAGCCUGUCUUUUCCUCCACCUACUCUCCUCCUCCUCUCCCAUCUACCCCAAAAUGCCAAUAUGUAGAACAUCAAGGCCAGAAACUUGAAGAGGGGGAGGGGCAGAUGUCCAUUGAAGAGAGGAAACAGAUGAUCACGACGCGAGAGGAGGCGUGGCAGAGCACAGGGAAGGGCGUGGCCAAUGACUCGGCCCAGUACACAGUGGCUGCCAGGAUGGUGAAAAAAGGCCUGGCUGCUUCCUCUGCAGUGAUCAGCCCGAUUCUGUCUCCAGUCUCUGCUAAACUGAAGAGCAGUGUGCCGGCUAUUUCUAAACCGCAGGAAGAAAUUGAGGCCAGAGCAGAAAUGGAGUCUGAUAAGAAGUUGGAAAAGCUGGAGACGUUUCUGGGGCGUUUGAACAGUAAAGUAUCAGGUUUGCAGGAGACGACUCUGACGGUGACAGAAAAGGCAGUAAAGGAAGUGAUGCGAUUAGAUGAUGAGGUCUUUUCAAAAUUUUACCGCCACAUGACAGAUAUUCCCCGCAGCAUGAGUAGCAGAAUGCAUCUGGAUGAGGACUUUGAUGCCAUCUUUGGAAAACAAACACCAGUGUUGACAUCGGCAAUGGUGCAGCACAAGCGUGCUGUUCGUCCCUCUCGUAAUGUCCAGGCAUCCAGGAACCCCUUAAAGAUUCUUGCUGCAAGAGAAGACAUCCGGCAGGAGUACACAGAGCAGAGACUGAACGUCGGGCAGCUGGAGAGCAAGAGAAUUAAACAGGAGAAAAUAAGCAAGAGCUCCAGUUUGUCAGACGCGGCCCUGGCUGGUUUGGCCAGUAAAGAAAGCUACAGCAGCGUGAGUCUGCGCAGUGUCAGCAUCUCAGAGCAGAUGACCAAUAACAGCGCAGCUCCCUACAAAAAACUCAUGCUCAUGCAGGUCAAAGGUCGACGGCAUGUGCAGACUAGACUAGUGGAGCCCAGAGUGUCCUCUCUGAACAGCGGUGACUGUUUUCUACUGGUUACUCCUGAACACUGUUUUGUUUGGAUUGGAGAGUUUGCAAAUGUUAUUGAAAGAGCCAAGGCAUCAGAACUGGCCACUUUCAUCCAGCUGAACCAUGACCUUGGUUGUCGAGCAGUGCUGGUGGAGACGAUUGAAGAAGGAAUGAACACACAAAGCCCCGCAGCUGCAGAGUUCUGGAAGAUCCUGGGAGGACCAGCCAGCUAUCAAUCGGCUGGAUCUCCAGACGAGGAUGAGAUGUUUGAAAGUGCCAUUGUGGAGACAAACUGUAUCUUCCGUCUGGUGGAUGAUAAACUGCUUCCCGAUGAUGAUUUCUGGGGGAAAGUGCCUCGUAGUUCACUGUUGGGAUCUAAAGAGGUGGUAGUAUUUGAUUUUGGUAGUGAAGUGUACGUAUGGCAUGGCAAAGAGGUCACACUGGCACAGAGGAAGGUGGCGUUUCAGUUGGCCAAGCACCUUUGGAACGGGACCUUUGAUUAUACCAACUGUGACAUCAACCCUCUGGACCCUGGAGGACACAACACACUCAUACCAAGGAAAGGUCAAGGUCGCCCAGACUGGGCCAUAUUUGGCAGACUGACCGAACAUAAUGAAACAAGUCUGUUUAAAGAGAAGUUCCUGGACUGGAAAGAUGUUUCCAGACUGUCACCUAAAAAUGUCAUCGAAUACCCAUUCCAGCAGAAGGAGUCUCCUGGCCCAGAUUCUCGUUCUGAGUUCCGGGCGUACAGCGCCUCUCUGAUGCUGCCAGUCCUGCAGUCGCCCAUCACCACGAUUCUGGACGGUCAGGACGUGGGUCGUGGGCACGGUCCGGUGGAGAACGGCUUGGACGACUGCCUGCGGUCUCUGGAGAUCAGCACUGUUGCCGUUGAUGUCUGGCACAUCCUGGAGUUUGACUACAGCAGACUGCCCAAGCAGAGCAUUGGCCAGUUUCACGAGGGAGACGCUUAUGUGGUGAAAUGGAAGUACAUGGUGAGCGCCGCAGUGGGCAGCAGGCAGAAGCCAGAUCAGGUGCGUAGUGCGGGUCCCGGUAGGGAGAAGUGCUGCUAUUUCUUUUGGCAGGGCAGAAACUCGACGGUCAGUGAGAAAGGAACAUCUGCGCUCAUGACUGUUGAGCUGGACGAAGAGAGAGGAGCACAGAUGCAGGUCCAGCAGGGGAAGGAGCCGCCCUGUUUCCUGCAGUGUUUCAAUGGUGGGAUGAUCGUGCAUUCUGGGAAGAGAGAAGAAGAGGAGGAGAACAUUCAGAAUGAUUGGCGUCUGUACUGUACACGUGGUGAGAUACCUGUUGAGGGCCACCUGCUGGAAGUGGCGUGUCACUGCAGCAGUUUGCGAUCUCGCACAUCAAUGGUCCUUCUGAACAUCAACAAAGCCCUCAUCUACCUGUGGCACGGCUGCAAAACACAAACACACACACGGCAUGUAGCUCGAACCGCCGCAGACAAGAUCAAAGAACAACGACCGCUGGAGGCUGGACUUCACAGCAGCUGUAAUGUGACCAUUCAUGAAUGUGAGGAAGGAGGCGAGCCAGUGGAAUUCUGGGAAGCAUUAGGCAGGAAGGAUCGUAAGGCCUACGACUGCAUGCUGCAAGACCCUGGCAAGUUUAACUUCACUCCGCGUCUGUUCCAGCUCAGUAGUUCUUCGGGUGAGUUUGUGGCGCAGGAGUUUUUCAACCCAUCCAGAGCUGCAGACCUUGUUUGUUCCCUGCCGUUCCUACAGGAGGAUCUGUACUCUUCCCCGCAACCAGCUCUGUUCCUAGUGGAUAACUAUCAUGAAGUUUACCUGUGGCAGGGCUGGUGGCCGCAGGAUACAGAAAGCACCGGCUCUGCCCGCAUCCGCUGGGACUCAGACAGGAAGUGCGCUAUGGAAACUGUGUUGCAGUACUGCAGAGAGAAGAACGAGAAGAAGCCUCAGAAGUCGUACCUGAUCCAUGCUGGACUGGAGCCUCUGACCUUCACAAACAUGUUCCCCAGCUGGGAGCACAGGGAGGACAUUGCUGAAAUCACAGAGAGGGAGGCAGAGGUGUGUAACCAGAUCAUUCUCGUGGAGGAUGUUUUGGCUCGACUCUGUCAGAGCACUUAUCCUCUAGCAAUGCUGCAAACCCGUCCCCUUCCACACGGCGUCGACCCUCUGAGACUCGAGAUGUACCUGACCGAUGAGGACUUUGAGGCGGGGUUGUAGGGAAAUCUGAGUAGAGAGUGUUAGACAUGAAGAGAGAAGAGUUUGACGUUCUACCUGGAUGGAAGCAAGUGAACCUGAAGAAAGCCAAAGGACUCUUUUAAAAACCUGAUGAAAAUCAUCAUGGUGACAGAAUUAUCACUGUCCAUUUCCUCCAUGACCACCGGUUCUGCGGUCACCUCGGCAUUUUGACCUCUUUCGGUUAAUGGAGGUGUUUGUUCACUAAAAGCAGGGUAAACGGUCAGGUCAAAGGUCACUUUAGGAUCUACAGAUGCACCUGCUGUGGCAUCCACUUUUGAUGUAUCUAUUAAGUCUGUGGAGGUGAUGUCUGUGUGUUUGUGUGUGUCUCCUCAUCACGUUCAUGUACAACGAUUUGCAGUCUGUGAGCAGUGCGUAUAAGUCCCUGUGACAUCUAAAACAAGUAUGUUUAUCUCUUGAAGUACAUGGAAUCAAACAGUUCGCUCACCUUUCCACCUGGUUUGAUCUGCAAUGUGUUUUUGUUGUUACGUGUACGUUUGAUAAGUCUGCUGAAAAAUUGGAAAUUGUAUAAACUUUGUAGCAAACAAAGAAACGGCAGAAAAUCCUGUGUGAUCGCUCUUAAUGUUGUCAUAUGUCUUAGGAUAUUCCUUUUUGAUUCAAGAGGAGUUUACAUGCCACGUUUGUAUUUUUUUUGUGUGUUCUUCUCGUGUGAAUGGCUGUUGCUUGUGGUGGUGAUGCUCUCUUCUUCCUGAGGUGUGAGGGACGUCGUGUUUGUUUGUAUUCGGACAGCAUGGAGUAAUGGACGAGAGAAAGAAAAGAUAUUAAUUUAAAUGUACAGUAUAGUGCCUUGCUUUUGUGUACAGUUUCUAUACCAAACACACACUAGUCUGCAUUUCAGAGACUUUCUUUGUGAUAAAAGAAAUAGUGAAUAAAGAAAGCAUAUUAAAAAUCA